CCUCUCUCUCUCUCUCUCUCUCUCUCUCUCUCUCUCUCUCUCUCUCUCUUCUGCGCCUUGCUCCAUUGGGAUGCUAGCAGUAACAGCACUGAGGAGCUCCACAAACGGAGACAGAGCAGGAGAUGUGGGCGGCGCUGCCAACCAGCUCCCAGCUUCGGACGACUUCUCGGUCGACUUCGACUUCGAUUUAACAGAGCUUUUGGCCGGAUUCGAUGAUUCCGAUCUCCUUCCCGGGCUCCAGAUCGAUGACAUCGACUUACCGGGGCCGGAUACAUCGGCCGUGGAAGUCGAAGCCAGCUGCGCCGGCAGAGAUAGUCAACAAGAGGAAAGAGAAGAGGAGAUGGCUCUGACUAAUCAUGAGGAGGUUCUGAGCUGUGAAAUAAAGGAAGAGACCUCGGCAGCAUCGGAGUCAAAUUCAUCGGCGGAGACGCCGCCGGAGAAGGACAGAGCAAGAAAGUCCACUGCCGGGCAAGCAAAGGGCUCCAAUGGGAAGAGAAAGGUGAAGGUGGAUUGGACGGCGGAGCUUCACCGGCGAUUUGUUCAGGCGGUGGAGCAACUGGGAGUAGAGAAGGCGGUGCCGUCAAGGAUUCUGGAGCUCAUGGGCAUCGACAUCGUGACUCUUUCAUUUUUUUCAUUUCCCUUACUGAAAAAAUAUCGAUCGCACCGAAAGCAUAUGAUGGCGAGGGAGGUAGAGACGACGAGCUCGAGUCAGAGACGACAACUAUAUGCUACGUGGUUGCCGCCGGCAAUGGGAUUUCCUCCAAAUGCUCCUCUUCCUCCUCCUCAUCCUCAGCAUCUUCAUCUUCACCCAAACAUGCAGCAUUUUAGACCACUGCAUGUAUGGGGUCACCCUACAAUGAACCAAUCUUUAGUUCAUAUGUGGCCUAAGCAGAUAGUCCCAAUAGGACCAGCACCUAACACUCCAUGGGUUGCACCUCACCCAAUUCAGCCCUCUCUGCUGCCUCCUCAUGCCUCUCCAUGGCCUGCACAUUUUGCAAGGGGAACGCCUUACUUUCCUCAACCACUGCAGACAAUGAGGUUUCCAGCUCUUCCGGUUCCCGGAAUUCCACCGCUUCCUACGUACAUGCCGGACAGUGCCAUUCCGGCGGCAAUGGCGCAGCCGCCGCCACCGUGCAAGCAAACAGGCCGGUUGGUCCAACUCGAUGCUCAUCCGUCAAAGGAGAGCAUAGAUGCAGCACUUGGAGAUGUAUUGGCUCAGCCAUGGCUGCCACUGCCUUUAGGACUGAAGCCUCCCUCUCUAGACAGUGUAAUGGCAGAACUCCACAAGCAAGGAAUAGCAAAUGUGCCUCCAUGCAGCUGAAAUAUUAAUCAAAAUUCGUCGACUUGUCCUUACUUUUUUUUCCCUUUUUUAUUUUUUAUUUUUCAAUUCAACCCUUAUGUGGUUCCCUUUUUUCUUCAUCUUCUCCAAAUUAAACAGCUUUGGCUGAAGUGAGAACAUAUGGUGAAGUUUCUCUCUCUCUCUCUCUCUCUGUAUAUUGUUGUAAUAGUGCAGAACUAUUUUUCAUUAAAUAAAUCUGAAAAUUUUUGAGACUGAGCA